AGUUUCUUGUAACUAACAUGUACUUUAUCAGGUUAAAUAAUUAAACACGAACUGACUGAGGAGUUACUCUCUUAAAGCUGUGACUCCUGUUUUUAGCAGAUUGAGCACAAAAUAAUGACAUUUCUAAUUGUUCAAUCAUUUAUUUUGAGUGAAUAUUUGGUGUUAUCUUUUACUAGUAAGGGAGUUCCUUGCGUGUCUGAGCUGAUGGAUUAUUAGACUGAGGCUGUCAGACUGUGCGACACCAGCAGGGGGAGACAAAGACCUAAAAAUGUAAACAAAAAUCUGUUCUUAUUCAUUCAAAUGACAUCAUCAAACCAAACGGCUUGAUUUGAGUUUGAGUUGGGAGUUUGCCUAAAGUGAGGCUGACGUGACAUUUGCUGUUUUCUCCGCUUUGAGGUAAAAUGAGAAAAUCGGAUCUGUGCCGCUUGCUGUGCUUUUUUUUAACUCUACAGCUGCUGACCUUUUGGAUCUUAAUUUUUAAGCGUGUCAAACUUUAAAUAUAUCUUGAAAUACUGUUCAUUGACCCAGUCUCAAGUUGCAGAACUCCAACCUUACACAGCUGUUGAUGAUUUCACUGAUGAGUCCAGUGUGAAUCCGUCAAGCAGAACCGAACGGCACAACUCUACUCUGCGCAUGUGUGAAAGUUUUUAUCCAUCCAAGUCAUUCAGACUGACGUUUUCUCUUCCUCUCUUCAUGCCGUCAGUUGGUGUGUUGAGACAUUUAUUAUCGCGGUUUCACAAACUGUUCAGAUCAGAGUCUGAAGUGUUUCUGAUCUUUUUUCCUCAAACUUUUUUCUUUUACUGUAAACGUAUUUACAGUUGUGUAAAGCUGUAGUCUAUGUGUUAAAUGAAUACAAACAGAUCUAUCCGAAACCUUUCAGCUAUUAUAAAUAAAGACAAACGGAUCGGGCUUCAACUGAUCGGUUUCUGGUUUUCUUUGAGUUCUGCGCUGCAGGUUCGUUUGCAGAGGAAGGACUUUUGAAACGCAACAGAAAAUGAAAGGGUCACAAGUUUUUGCAUAAAAGCAGAAAUCCCCCAAAGUAAAUGAGCCUGAGUCUGUGCACAUAAAGUCCUCUCACCGAUUCUCAGUUGGAUUAAGGUCUGGACUUUGACUAGACGCUUUAAUGUGCAACAACUGUGCUGUCAACAGCUUCCUUAUUGCCACUCCUCCAUUUAAGACACAUUUCUGGAUUGUAAGACUCAAUGUUGUCUUGUGGACGACUUCUCCCACCUGAGCGUUGGAUCUAUGCAGCUCCUCCAGAGUAACCAUGGGUAACCAGUUUUCUCUAAAUUCCUGUUCAGAUGUGAGCACUUUGACCUCAUGUCUUGGUAGGUUUGCACACGUUUCAUACUCUUUCCAUUUUCACAUGAUAGAUUGAACAGCGAAUAUUCUCUGUCACGUCACAGUUAUGCUCUUUGUUUUAGUCCGUGACGGAGAAUCUCAAUAAAACGUGUUGAAAUUUGUAACCCAGCAACAAUCUGCAGACUCAUUAAGGCGCUGUAAAUCACCACGUCCUGAUCUUUGUAUUUUAAAGCGACAAUGUUCCCCUUCAUGUGGUCAGCUAGAAAUCCAGAGGGUCUGCAAUGUGUCUGCAUUCCUCCAACUCCACACCCAGCCUGGUGGACCUCUUCACGUGGGGACGGCCCAGCCCCAAAUAACUUUCAUUCUGCUCCCGCUGACCAGCAGCGACCCCCUCCUCACCACUCUAGGAGGAGAAAGUGUGUGAGCCGGAGUGCGUCUCGGUGAAAGUAAGAAGAUGAGAGCGUGGAUUUUGGUCCUGGACGGUUCACGUGGAGCGGAUUGUGGAGUUUUUCUACGCUGAGCCUGGAUCCGGCGCUGAUGCUGAGGAGCUGUGGAAGUCGUUUUGUUGAAGAGCUCUGAGCGUUUUUGCCUCAUGUGAUCGAGGGGGAUUGGUCAGCGGAGAGAUGUCCUGAAGAACGAAAAUUCUCGACAAACCCGUGUUGAACCUGAAACGUGGAGCUGCUUCUGGACGCAAAGUCGUUUUCCUGUCAGCCAUGGACUCCCAGGGCGGUCCGUACCUCAACAAGGGGGCUCUCUGCUCCACCCUGGGUGGCGCCCGGGUCUGCCAGUUAGCAAUGGGAUGUGCUGUGAUCGCGAUGGUGACCCACAGCGCCGGGUACAGCGGGUCGCAGGGCGUGUUCUGCAUGGCGGCCUGGUGCUGCUGCUUCGCCGUGUCGGCGGCCAUCUUCUUCCUGGACGCCACCCGUCUCUACAGCUGCCUCCGGGUGUCCUGGGACAACCUGACGGUCACCUGGGCUGCCUGCGCCACGCUCAUGUACGUGACGGCCUCUGUGGUUUACCCGCUGUUCUUCGUCAGGUCCGAGUGCCCGUACGAAGGCUGCGAAGUCCGAGACUUCCGCAUCGCCGUCACCGUCUGCUCCAUCCUGGGAACUCUGGCCUACGGAGCCGAAGUGGCCCUGUGCCGGGCCAGACCGGGCCACAUCGUGGUGGGCUACAUGGCUACCGUCCCCGGCCUUCUGAAAGUGGUGCAGGCCUUCAUCGCCUGCGUCAUCUUUGGGGCGCUGGCCAACGGGAGCCAGUUCUCGCGUUACGCCGCCACAAUCUACUGCGUGGUCGUCUACGCUUCCUGCUUUGCUCUCACCGCCCUGGUGGUCUUGAUGACCGUCUGUAAACGCACCAAAACUGUGAGGUGCAUGCCCUUCGAUCGCUUCGUGGUGGUGUGCACCUUCCUGGAGGUUUUGCUCUACCUGAGCGCCUCGGUGGUGUGGCCGGUUUUCUGCUUCGACUCAAAGUAUGGGUCUCCAUGGCGACCCUCGUCGUGUCCGCAGGGGAAGUGUCCAUGGGACAGCAAAGUGGUGGUGGCCGUGUUCUCCUGUGUGAAUUUUGGGCUUUAUCUGACAGACCUGCUGUACUCACAGAGGAUCCGAUUUGUUUCGUCGCGCGUUCCCACCAACUCGCGGGUGUAGAACCACUCAGAACCCCUAAAAAAACUUUCAACCUAGAAAUAAUGACACCUUGACAGACAUGAGUCCAGUUUCACACAAAACAAUUUCAGGAAGCCAGGAUAACAUCUUGUGUUUGGUGCCAGUAGCUGCAGAGCAGGAUCAUCUGCAAAACCUGGGCCAGACUUUAGAAACAGGGCAGCAGCUCAGAUCCCGAAGUGUUUCGGGGGCCCCAGAUACUUUUUAUUUUUUUUAUGAAUGCAUAUUUUGCUUCUAUUUUAUAUACAAUUUAUAGGCUCAUAUUGUGAAGAUUUUUUAUAAUUUUACACGAUACUCAAAUAUUGGAAAUUUAUAAAGUAAUAUUUCUGUGGGCAACAACAUGGAUUACUGCUCCAUGUUGUUCCCUCCAUUUUAAACCUAAAUGUAUCAAUUAAUGUGUGUGACUUCAUAUUAAUGUAUUCUAAUUUGCAGUAGUAGAUGCAGUGAAUUGGGCACCAAAACUGACUCCAGCCCCACAGGCUUGUAGACCCGGCCCUGUAGAAAACUGUAAAACAUUUAGAAUUAUUAAAUAAAUUCAACUUUUCAUUAUCUUUAUGAGUCUUUCGGACAUGAAUAUCUAUGGGAGUAAAAUUUUUAAAACAUUGUCUGACAGUCAUGCGUUUUAAAAAUAUACAAUAAAAGAAAUACAGAAAAUAUCCGACAAAUGUCACCUGAUGGAUGUAUCAUAAUGGGGGAAAAGUUUUCAGCUGGCCACCCUUUUUUAAAAAAAUAAUUUCUUUAUUACUUUGCCAAAAUCAGGAAAGAUGUGACAUAAAAACACCAGAAAAUAGCUUUAUAUCACAUUAUGCAUGACAUUUUAGAACUUUAUUUUCUUACAGUUUGUCUAGAAAGGAUGUUAUUUUAUGCAACAUCCUUUUUAAAAUGUUUUUUUACCACAUAAUAUCAAAGUGAAAAGGUUUGUGUGGGAAUAAAAAUCACAUAAGUAUUCACACCCAUUGCUGUUUGUAUUUGUAGGACAUCAAAUACAGCCAUGAUAAAUAAACUGAUACACAAUAAUUAAGCAUAAACUAUGGGAAUGAAAAGGUUUGUUUAUGGGUAAAAUAUAUAUAAAUGGAAGAAGAAAUGACCUAAAUAGCAACAUGUGGGCAGGAAAUAGUGGGAAUUAAUGGCUAAAAGGGUGAAAAGGUCCCAAGCAUUUUAGUGGUUUCUUAAAGAAAUACAUUUUCCUCAUGAGACGAUGAAGUACUGGAUUAAGAAUUAACAUCUGAAAAUUCAGGAAAGAAAGUGUUUACACAACUUGAGACAAACCGUGGUUUGGUAAUGAUCUCAACCAUCUGAGAUAUUUGAAAUAAAGUGGCUAAUCCAGACAUGCCUGGAGGCCACUGCUCCUGAAACACGCACACACACACACGCACUCCAAUCCAAAGAACUGCUGAGGAGUUUCUCCUCUCCGACGCGCCCCACAGAAAUGACAUCCUACCUCUUUAAAUGAUCCCUUGACCCAUUCCUGACCCAAGCUUUCUCAGACCUGCACAUACACAAGUAAACCGUCCAGGUACGACACUUUUCGUCUGUGGAUUAACACACACACACACACACACUGUCCUGCAGUUUGAUUGUCGGUGAAAAUAACGCAUAAAGUGUGCAGCAUAAAUUGUACAUCUGGUAAUGGUAUCUGUACUAUCCCUGCCAUCUGCAAACGCCACACCCAGCAAUUCACAGGCUGCCGAAAAUAAACACCAGCCGUCUGCAGUCAUUCUGAAGCAGUGACACUGCAUUUAUAGGAAGCUCCUGAUGUCAAAGCUGCUCUGGGAAUGUUUUCCUUCAUACAAAGAAAAUGGGCUACAGUUUUUUAGAAAGAAAGCCGAGGACAUUUUCUCCAGAUCACCUUCAGUUUGAACCACCACGUUUGGAAACACACCAGUGAUUAUCACACUGACAACAAGGUCGAUGUGUCCGAGUAUUCUGUGUGUGUUUACACUCCAAACACGACCCUGCCAGGUCAAAUCUGUCAUGCACUCUGGCCGUUCGAACGAUCUCUGAAACACGCAGGGUUUGUAUGCUGAUGAGCAGAGACAGUUCCUUAAAAAAAGUACAAAAUAGCAGAGAAAUAUCAUUUAAAGAAAUUGCUUGAAUAAAUACAUUAAAGCCCAAACAAAAAAAUUGCUGAAGAAUAAGAAUCAACUUUAUUGGCAAAGAUUGUGAAAACAAAGAAAUAACUCACAACAUACAGACAUAAAUUAUAAAGAUAUAAACUUUACAGAUAUUGGAUUAAGGAUAAAGAAACAACGUGUACGUGUAUUUGCAGCCAUAUUUCAUAUAAUUAAAACACACCAAAAAAAAAGGAAUUAUGUUGCAGUUGAGCCUAAGAAAAUAGGACUGUACCUCAGUGGAGGGUGACAUCACAGAAGUUGGCAUUUGAUUUGCAGAUUCCUCGUUGGCGUGGAUCAAACUGGUCAAACUGGGAUGGAUUACACAAAUUCUCAAAAUGAAAACUUUUCUGAAACAUCCCUUGUGUAUCAUAUUAUUUUUUUAAAUCAAUGUGACAUUUAUUUUUAU